UUAGCAAUUCUGCCCACCAAAAUAAAGGCAAAUAGGAAAAAUUCUUCUUUCACCCACUUGCCGAGUUAAUAAAUAAUAAUGUUGAUACUAAUUUAUAGGAGGUAUGUUGCAAUGGCACCAAGCGAAUGCGUUGAAAAUUUCGUUGGUUCACAAGUUGUAAAAAAUGGAAGUAGUACAUUUAAACUCAUAAUUGCAAUGUCGGCACACUAGGAGCGAGUUAAAUUUUGUCUUAAUUCUGUUUUAAUGGUAGUAUGGUACUUAUAUCAACUUUAUAGUAAAUGCUAAUACCAAACAUUGAACUACUGGAAUUUAUGGUGAAGGACCACAAAUCCCAGGAACAGCUAGAAAUUAUGCUGUUAUACGUCAGGGUUGCUCUGAUUUAUGCAGGUAACUUAAAACAUAAAAGCAAAACCCUGAAAACGAUUCAAGAUUCGUUCAAUGUUUAGAUAGGCAUGCUGGCGUUGCCCUUGACUCUGAGUGUGUACAAUGUUUGGUAGUUCAAGUGCCAAAGGAGGAAUUUCCUCACUCCUGAGAUGCAGGGGAGUUCCCAAGGCCAAGAGGAGAACAAUUGUGGUUGGUCUCAAAUCCGAUAACAGCAGCAGAGAAAUGCUGCUUCGUUUGCUCAAUUUAGUCGUAAUGCCCGGGGACUAUGUUCUGUCUGUUCAUGUACAAGAACCAAAUGAUACAUUUGAUCCAAAUACUUUUCACAUUCAUGAGGAUCUAUGUAAAUCCAAGAAGGUGGAUUUUCAAAUCAAGGUUUGUGCAGGAGAGACCUACAUAAAUGAGUUGAGUAAUCAAGUACGUAUAAACUUUGCCACAAUGCUUGCCGUAGGAUGCAGCAGCUCCAGGCCAAGUGAUCAGAUUGCUGGCAAAAUUUUGAAAGAAUUGCCUCCUACUUGCUCCCUUCUAGUAAUGGAUAAUGGAGGAAAAAUCCUACUCCAGAGGCCGGGGACUUCCCAAGAAGGUGCUCCCAUUAAAGUUUUUCAAUCAUCUGAGUCCUCUCUGUCAGUGUCCAGCAGCUCUACACAGUCAAGAGACAAGUAUCAGAUUCAAAAAUCUUUGUCAAUGACAUGUUCUUCAACGACAACUUCAUCACAGCCGAAUAGAAAUGCAACUUUUCCUAGAAACAAGAAGCUCAAUAAUGCUACAGCUAAGAGUCUGUUUCAGAGAAUAGCUUGCUUAGAAUCAAUGGGCUGCGCCAGACGCUUCACAACGGAUGAACUUAGCUGUGCAACAGACAACUUCAGUCCCAAUUUAUUGACCGGAGUGGGUGGACAUAGUCAAGUCUAUCGAGCCAAUCUCGAGAAUGGCCAGCUUGCAGCAGUGAAGGUCCUUAAAAACACACGAUACGCCGAGGAUGAUCUUUUUCAGGAAGUUGAAAUACUGAGUAAUCUGAAACACGAGAACUUAAUUCAGCUUGUCGGUUACAGUUACAGUAAGGAUAUGCAAGCAAUCGUGUAUAAUCUACUGAAGGACAGUCUGAAGCAAAGACUAAAACAGCUUAAUUGGAACACAAGGAUGCAAGUUGCGAUAGGAGUGGCAAGGGGAUUGGAGUACCUCCAUUCUCAAACCCCUCCUAUCGUUCACAGAGAUGUGAAAUCAUCAAAUAUUCUCUUAUCUGAUGAUUGCCACCCACAACUAUCAGAUUUUGGAGCAGCAGUGGUACACCAGGAAACUCAGCAAGAUUCAGCUUGUGUGAAACCAAUUCACAUUGUUGGGACAUUUGGAUACCUGGCACCUGAGUACAUCAUGUAUGGCAAAGUUGAUGAGAAGAUAGAUGUAUACUCUUAUGGGGUGGUUCUGCUAGAAUUGAUCACAGGGAAACGAGCCAUCGAAAAAGACUUGGAAGCUCAUCAUGAAAGCUUAGUGUUGUGGGCAAGGUCUCUGCUCAGUUGUGGUCUUAGUGACCGUCUUGUUGAUCCUGACAUAAAUGAGAACUACAACAAAGAUGAGAUGAAAACAAUGAUGUUUGCAGCACGGCUCUGCCUCUUGCAUUCAUCUUCAAGGAGGCCAAAAAUGAAAACAAUCCUGCGUUUGUUUGAGGAGCCAGAGCGCUGGUUAGAACUGCAGAGAAAGAGAGAAGAGCUUCUUGAUGGAAUUGGUUCAGAAGAUGAAAGUUGCUUGUGCAGAUAUUAUGGAUCAGAUUCUGACGCAGGCAUGUUCAUAGAGGAUAGCUGAUCACAUAUUCUUGAGUUUUCCAUGAUAUAUUGGUAUAUAUAUAUAUAUACUGGUGUUUUGUUUGUUCAUCAGUGCACCACUCUCUCUCAGCAACAACAAGAUACCCAGUGUGAUUUCACAAGUGAGAUCUGGGGAGGAUAGAGUGUACACAGACCUUAACCUUACCUUGUUGAGGACUACACUCUCUCAACCCAGUCACUAAAUUAAAAUGACAAAAAGAGAAAACGGAAUUAGAGGAACCAUUUCUCUAGUAAAUUGUAGUUCUAUGUAAAAGUGAUAUUAGAGUACCAACAGAAAUGUCAUUAUGUAGUCAAACAUUAUUCCUGAAGUGUAAGCUCUGUCUUUUGCCUCAGAAAUAUGCUAAAGAUUUUUCCUUGAAUAACAUUGCCAACAAUUUUUUA